AUGGCCGGCUCCACCGCGGUGCUGGCCGCCAUCCUGCUCAUCGACCUCGUCGCCUUCGGCCUCGCCAUCGGCGCCGAGCAGAGCCGCCCAUCGGCGAGCCUGGAGACGGACGCGAGGAAGGAGUGGACCUACUGCGUGUACCGCCCGGACGCGGCCACCGGGAUGGCCGGCGCCGCGCUCGCCCUGCUGCUCGUCGGCCAGGCCGUGGCCGCCGUCGCCAGCCGCUGCUUCUGCUGCGGCGCCGCGCUCCGGCCCGGCGGCGCCCGCGGCUGCGCCCUCAUGCUCUUCCUCUCCUCCUGGCUGACAUUUCUCAUUGCGGAGGCGUGCUUGCUGGCUGGGCUGGUGCAGUCCGCCUACCACACCGGCUACCGCACGGUGAUAUUUGAAAACCCGCCCGACUGUGAGACGGUGCGUCGAGGCACAUUUGGGGCCGGCGCGGCCUUUGCCUUGAUCACCGGUGUGCUCACCGGGUUCUACUACUACAACUUCUCCAAGGCACGGGUGGCCUACCAACGCCCGGAGGCCGCCAUCGACAUGAGCCGGUAUAGCUGA